GUGGCAAGAAAGUGACGUUCCUGGUGGGCAUGGAUGGCGAGCCCGUGGUGGUGGUCCUGGGCGACGGGCGUGAGGAGGUCGACACCAUCCUGGAAGAGAGGGCGAGGCGACAGGCCGAGCUGGAGGCCGACCUGCUCAAACGCGCGGCAGAGGAAGAGCUGGACAAACUGGUGAGGCUGAGCAGGUCGACAGUGCAGGCCAUGGAGGAGGAGGCCGCGAGGAACCAGCAGAAUAAGGAGCGUGACCCCGCGCGAGAGGCCGUGGUGAGGUCCCUUCAGGAGGCCACAGUGGAGAUGGAGAAGCACAUCCAGGCCAUGGAGGAGACGGAUGUCCCGGCUUCGAAGAAAACAUCCACAUCUUCUAUCUCCUCGUCUUCGUCCUCUGGCUCCUCUUCGCCUCCUUCCCCAGCCUCGACCACGUCUUCGGGAAUCGGCAGCUUGAAGCUCUCCUCGUCGGCCUCCUCUUCCUCCCUCUCGUCCCUGUCGUCCACCUCCUCGUCCGCCUCGCCUCCGUCGCCGCCCGCCUUCAGCAUCUCUCCCUACGGCGCCGGCUACAGUUCAUCCCCCCGAAAACUGAACGGAAUGCCGUGGGAGACGUCGGCCGCCGCCCCUGCCAAGGCGCCCCUCGCUCCGACCUCCCCCGCCCAUCUCUCCCGAAGCCCAGCCUGGCCAGCACCCUCAGCUUCCCCUCCAGGAUUUCCCACACGUCGUCCUCCGCCCCCUCGUCCUCCACCCAGUCCUUCUCCGUCCCCACCACACCCACGACAAACAGCGGGAGCCACACGCCCUCCCCGCCAUCGUCCCUUUCGUCUACUACAUCAAGCCUAUCAUCGUCUCUCACGCCGUCGCCGCCCCCCUCCUCCUCCCCUCCACCCCUGUGCCCCCUUACCAUCGUGGAGCAGGACGACCUUUGCGACCGAGUGAAAGACGGCGACGCGGAAGCAGCCAUGACGGUGGGCGUAGCAGCGCAGAUCAAACGUUUCGAACAACUUUCCGAGGGCUCCCUGGAGGCCUUGAAGACGGCCACGCUGGAGCGAGCGAAGAAGCGGAGGCAGAAAGAAAUUCUGGAGCAUUUGCGGAGCCAGGUAGAGGCCG